AUGGCAAGGUCAAGAACUAAAGCGCUUAGUCUUCUGUUAGCAGCUCUACUGGUGUCGCUAUCCUGCCCUGAGGUAGCACGCGUCAACGGCAAAAGAGAUGGAGCCACGGUGAAAUGUCUCAAGGCUUGCGAUUCCAACGUCAUUAUACCGUGCACUAAUCGGUGUUCUAACGGUGGAAGACAGCAAAUACCAGAUGCAUGUUGGCAGGAAUGCGUCAAGGUCCAAGCCCAGUACUAUUUAUUGGCUUUACCUAUAUUGCCCUCAUCUAAUUUGCUAUAUUACCUGAUAUCAUCAGUUUUUACACGCUCUCAACUCACAAACUUCAUUCUAGACUUUCAGAAAACUGAUCGACGUCAAACAGAGCUCUCGUUUCUCUCCAUCUACAUAUCUGCAACAAAUCACUCAUUACAAUCUUAUUUGGUAACUGAUUCGAGGAAGAGGGACUACUCUAUUGCAAUUAGAAGAAGGUUGUAUCUACUUCCUUAUAACCUAGCAAAGAUGGCAAACAAGAGUGGAAUACAGGAAAAAGGAAAGGCUACUUGGACUGAUCAUAAUGUAGAUGUCUUUUGUGACCUUUGUAUCAAGGAGAUUGAGAAAGGAAGUCGUCCAAGUACUCACCUCACACCAAAAGGUUAUGAAAAUUUGGGCAUUAACUUCGCUAAAGAGACGGGACUUCAAUAUACUAAAUCUCAAUUCAAAAAUAAGUGGGAUUUAUUAAGAGAUCAAUGGAAAUUGUGGAAAGAACUAAUUAGGAAGGAGACUGGUUUGGGGUGGAACCCCAAACUGAAAACUGUAAAUGCACCUGAUGAAUGGUGGUGUAGUAAAAUUCAGGACAAUCCUGAAUAUGCCAAAUUGCGUAAAAAGGGAAUUAACCCUGAAUUGGAAGAGAAGCUAGAUAUGAUGUUCCAACAAGUUACUGCAAGUGGUGUUCAUGCUUGGGCACCAUCAUCUGGUGUACUUCCACCUGAUGAUAUAGAAGUUAACAAUGUUGCAGUUCCAUUAGAUAGUGAUGAUGAUUUGGCAUGUCCCAUUAAAGUCAUUGCCAGUUCUUUAGGUAAGAGGAAAAGGACACCAACAAAACAAGUUAAUGCAGGUACUGAGAAAAAUAAUAAAGCCAAAGGUAUAGGAUCAAGAAAGAUUGGAGGUGCAGCUAAGUUAGUAAUACAAAUUGAUCGGAUGGUGGAAUCAAUUCAAACUAGGAGCGCUGUGACUUCAGUAAUGAAUAAAUGUGUGUUGGGGACUUCUAUUGCUGAAGUGAUGAAAUCAGUUUCAUCUUUACUCGGGGCAGAACCAGGUAGUCCUUUGUGGUUUUUUGCAACUCAGUUAUUUCUCAAUGAAGAAAAGAGAGAGAUGUUUGUCACCAUAGAAGAUGCAGAUAUCAAGAUUCAGUGGCUUUAUUAUGAAAUGGGAACUAGUGGAAAAUAAUAGGACUAAGAAGCUACUAGGAAGAAGCUAGCUAUUUUGAUUUUGAAACUGGUUUACUUGUGAAGCUUGGACAAGUACCAUGUUCUGCUAGUAUUUGGAUAAACUAUUGUAUAUAUGUUCUAUUCUCAGUUGGAUAUUUAACUUGGAAUGUUACUUUGCACUGGUAAUCAU